AUUGCACUAAGACCCGGGAGACAACUUCCGCUUGAGCUGGUUUGUUGCCGGAAGUGGGGGCCGGUGGCGGUGGAGGAUGGUGUGUGAGAAAUGUGAAAAGAAGUUGGGAAGAGUUAUUACACCAGAUACUUGGAAAGAUGGAUCAAGGAACACGAUGGAAAGUGGCGGCCGCAAGAUCAAUGAAAACAAGGUGUUGACUUCUAAAAAAGCAAGGUUUGAUCCUUACGGAAAGAGCAGAUUUUCAGUAUGUCGUAUCUGUAAAAGUGCAGUUCACCAGGCUGGUUCUAAUUACUGUCAAGGAUGUGCGUACAAAAAAGGCAUUUGUGCAAUGUGCGGCAAAAAAAUCUUGGAUACUAAAAACUACAAGCAGACAUCUGUCUAAUUUCAUACUAAAGAUUCUGAUGGGUAUGUUGGUUAUCAUGGAAACUGAUGACCAAUAUGACCGUGAGCACAUUAGUAAUUAUACAUUGAGUCUGUACGGGGUACUAUACCUGCAUAUUUUGAAAGUAGAAGACUGUCAAUUAAACAAAACUUCUCAACUAA